AUGGAGACUAGGGAAGAGCCAGUGUCUUGGGCCAACUUCAAGACUCGUUUCCUGGAGAAGUACUUUCCAGAUACAGCAAGACAGGACAAGGAGGCUGAAUUCCUGGCAUUGCAGCAAGGAGACAUGACAGUGCAGGAGUAUGUUAACAAAUUUGAGCACUUGGCGAGAGAGAGAAGAUUUCCUAGAUUGAUGGAACAGGCCAAGAGUGCGGAGCACCUUGAGAAGGGCCCUGGUCCAGUUUGUGGUGGACCCCAUCUGAAGAGGAACUUUCCUCAGUUGGCAGGCGAAGUAGGAGGGUCAGGCGACCGUCACAAGUGCUUUAUAUGUGACAAACCAGGACACUUCACCAACAAUUGCCUAGAAAAGAAGAGUCCUAGCGCGAAGAAACCAGCAGCAUCGCCAGUAGAGAGAGCUAGAGCGGCUGGUCGGGUCUUUGCAUUGACCUCCAUAGAGGUUACUAAAUCAGGUAAUCUCAUUCUCGAACCAUGCUUACUAUUGGGUCAGAUAGUUUUGGUGUUGUUCGAUUCUGGAGCAACACAUUCCUUCAUUGCUAAUGCGUGUGUGGGGAGAUUGAAUUUGGUGAAACACGAUUUGGGAUGUGAGUUGCUUGUUUCAACUCCCUCCUCAGGUCAAGUGGCUACCAGUUCAGUCUGUGUUGGGUGUUUAAUGGAAGUGGCAGGUCGUAGAUUCAAGGUGAACUUGGUGUGCUUGCCUCUAGAGGGACUGAAUAUAAUCUUGGAGAUGGACUGA